GCGGCGGCAGCAGCGAGGCGAGCGGCGCGCACCCCCCAUCGGCACCGCGGCCCGGGCGCGCUCCGCCGCCCCACCGCACCCGCUCCGCCCGCCGGACCCGGCCCGGCCCGUGCCGCCCCCGCAGUCAGCAGGAGGGAGAAAAUGAAAGCAGGCUGCAGCAUUGUGGAUAAGCCAGAAGGAGGAGGAGGUUAUCAUUUCCCCGAGUGGGCAUACAAGACCGAGUCCAGCCCUGGCUCGCGACAGAUCCAGCUCUGGCACUUCAUCCUGGAGCUGCUGCAGAAGGAGGAGUUCCGCCAUGUCAUUGCCUGGCAGCAGGGCGAGUACGGGGAGUUCGUCAUCAAGGACCCCGACGAGGUGGCACGGCUGUGGGGCCGGCGGAAGUGCAAACCCCAAAUGAACUACGACAAGCUGAGCCGAGCUCUCAGAUAUUAUUACAACAAGAGGAUUCUUCACAAGACAAAGGGCAAAAGGUUUACUUACAAGUUCAACUUCAACAAGCUGGUGAUGCCCAACUAUCCGUUCAUCAACAUUCGGCCUAACGGUGUUGUGCCACAGAGCGCUCCUCCCGUCCCCACGGCUUCGUCCCGCUUCCACUUCCCACCUCUGGACAGCCACUCUCCCACUGACGAUGCACAACCCGGCCGUUUCUCCGGCCCUUCCCUGGUCCCAUCCAACCCAGAGGCUCUGGGCGACGGCGGUGAGAGGAAACCUGACCUCCCAGAGCUGGAGGACGGCUCCGCCGAUUGGCGCCGUGGCGUGGAUCUCAUGGCCUCACGUAACACCGCGAGCGCCGGGGGUGUCAACCACCAGAAGCGCAAGCCAGACAUCAUGCUGCCUCUCUUCACCAGGCCCGGCAUCUACCCGGAUCCUCACAGCCCCUUUGCCGUGUCCCCUCUGCCAGGACGUGGCGGGGUCCUCAACGUCCCCAUCUCGCCUGCGCUGUCCCUGACUCCCACCCUGUUCUCCUACAGCCCGUCUCCAGGCCUCAGCCCCUUCACAGGCAGCAGCUGCUUCUCUUUCAACCCUGAGGAAAUGAAACACUACCUGCAUUCGCAAGCUUGCUCCGUCUUCAACUACCACCUGAGCCCGCGGACUUUCCCCCGCUAUCCGGGCCUCAUGGUGCCACCACUACAGUGCCAAAUGCCCAUGGAGGAGCAGCCCCAGUUCCCCAUCAAGCUGCAGCCUCCACCCGUUGGGCGCAAAAACAGGGAGAGACUGGAAAGCACCGAAGAGUCAGCGACCCCCCAGCUCGCCUCUCCGCCUCCCCCCAGGGUGAAGCUCGAGCCCCCCGUGGACAAGGAGGCCGAGCGCGAAGAGCUGCCCGCAAAGGGAAAAGACAAAAGCGAGAAGGAGGAAAAUUCCAGCAUGGCAGCGCCCAGCACCAGCCUGGAAGAGGAAAAGGGUUCGGUGUUUGCCAGACCUGCCGCCCCAUCCUGGCACCCGGCACCUCUGGUGCCCACCCAGACCCUGGGCCCGGCCGAAGAGCCCCAAGAUCAAGGGGAGAGCAGUGGUGAGAAGCCCCCCAGAGAGCCAUCCGGAGAGCCUGGAACGCAAGAGAAGCGCGAGGACGCCCUGAUGCCCCCCAAGCUGCGUCUCAAACGCCGCUGGAACGGGGACCGGCAGGCAGACGCCCCUGAGGAGCAGCCCAAUGGCCGCGUCCCAUGGAACGGGGUGCUGGGCAGCCCGCACCUCACGGCUGGGCCCAAGGCUGUGGCAGCCGCUGCUGCCUCUGACGCCUAAGGCUGCGUGCCGAAACCCAUCCGUGUAUUUAUGUAGCAAGGUUGCAGAGCGUUGGG